UACUUACGUCAUAUCAUAUUAAAACAAAUGAAAAUUCCAUAAUCUCUCCUCUGAAUUUUUGCCUUGAAGUUUCAACAGCUCUGGUUUUACUUUAUUCCUUUCUUCAACAGAUUGGCUAUCACAUUCUCCUUCUCUCCUCUACGAUUCAGGUUUAUCUGCAACGUAUCCUAGAAAUUAGUUAAGGGUUUAACUAAUAUGUCGUCCAGGCGUCAUGUUCGUUACAGUCCUUUGGCUGGUGAUGAAAAUGAUUAUGAUGCGAACGAGGGAAGGCGUUAUGACCCGCGAUUUGAUUAUACACCAAAAGCCUUUGAUAAAAUCCCAUGGAAGUCCAUUGCCCUUGCUGUCUUUUUGCUUUGUCUUGGAUCCCUGCUUCUUUUUCUUUCAUUUUUCAUCCUCACCGGGCAUAUGGGAGGAGAAAAAUCACAAGCCUAUGGCCUUCUAAUCCUCGGGAUUCUUACUUUCCUUCCAGGUUUUUACGAGACUCGGAUAGCAUAUUAUUCUUGGAGGGGAGCUGAAGGAUAUCGCUUCGCUUCCAUUCCAGAUUAUUAGGACAUGUGCCUUUUAUGAUGUUCCUGGAAUCAAAGCAUGCCUUGCCUCUAUGAGGUGAAGUGUAUCCCUUACAUCACACUUAAGAGCUUUUGCCUACAGAACAAUCCCGAGUCUGUAAAUUGUUUAAUUUUGAGUGUAAUUUGUUUGUUAUUGUAAGCAUGAGGCAGAAAACAUGUAUGAUUAGUUCAAGAUUCUUUCUUCUUCUUCAGCCA